UGACGAGCGAGUGACCCGAGGGAGUCGCGAAUUAGAAACGAGAGAGUGUAGAUGUGUCAUCAGAGAUCUCUUAAUCCGUCGUUUUUUUGUGUUAAUCACUUUUUGUAUCAGAUAUUUAACAUUAAACGAGUUAAACAAAAUUAAGCAAAACCACGAGGCUAUAAGAAUGGACUUAAUUUCUUUGAUAUUGUGCGCCUUGUUUGUUGUUUUAAUAAUCCCCGCAAUUAUAUCGACAAUAUAUUAUCAGUAUGUUUUUCGACGAAACUUAAAAAAUAUUCCUCAAAUCGGUAGAUUUCCUUUUGGCGUGGCAUUUGAAUUAAUGAAUCUGACGGAUUAUGAUCGGAUACAAUGGUUAAAGCAACGUAUGUUUCAAUUUAAAAACGGAAUUUUCAUAUUUUGGAUUGGCAUAAAACCGUUCAUUAAUAUCUAUAAACCUGAAUUUUUAGAGAUCAUUUUAUCCAGCACCGAAAAUAUUGACAAAGGUUUUCCUUAUGAUAUGAUGAAAUCUUGGUUAGGCAAAGGGCUUCUAACUUCUACAGGAAAACAAUGGAACCACGAUAGAAAACUCAUUGGGCCAACGUUCCAUUUUGCUAUAUUGGACCGAUUUGCGGUGAUUAUAUCUGAAAAAGCACAGAUCUUGACAAAAUGUCUCGAAAAAGAAAUAGCAAUGAACCCAGGAAAACCUAUCAAUAUUUUUCCGUUUGCUAACAAUGUUGCGCUUGACGUUAUAUGUGAAACGGCAAUGGGUGUGGAUAUACAUGCUCAAGAAAUUGAAACUGAGUAUACCACAACAAUACAUAGAGGUUCUAAAUUAAUAGCUGACCGAAUUUUUCAACCGUGGCUUUGGUCAGAUUGGUUGUAUAAUUUAGUGCCUUCAGGAAUAAAAUACAAUUCAGGACUUAAUAUAAUACAUAAAUUUACGAAAGAGGUGAUUCGUAAGAGAAAGAUUGCACGACAAUCGGAAAAUGGUUUUGUCAAGUCGGAAAACGAGGAUGACAAAUUUGAUAUAGAUAAGCGAAAGAGAAAAGCUUUUCUGGACCUGUUACUAGAUCAGAAUGAGAAGACCGAAACUCCAUUAAACGAUGAUGAAUUAAGGGCACAAGUCGACACAUUCAUGUUCGAGGGUCACGACACAACUGCGGUUGCGAUAACUUGGACGCUCUUUCUUUUGGGCAAUAAUCUCGAGCAUCAAGAAAAAGUUCAUGAAGAACUUGAGGAAGUUUUCAAAGAUUCAAAGACACCAGCUAACUUAAAUGAAUUGUCACAAUUAAAAUAUCUCGAUAGGAUCAUAAAAGAAACGCUUAGAUUAUUCCCUAGUGUACCUGUAAUAACAAGAAGAUUAAAGAAAGAUGUAAAAAUAGAUGAUUUUACUCUUCCAAAAGGAGCUACAGUCGUAUUGCAUAUCGCAUUAACGCACAUAAAUCCGGAAGUUUGGACAGAUCCAAAUAAAUUCGAUCCAGAUCGUUUUCUUCCGGAUAAUUCGAAACAUAGAAAUCCAUAUGCUUACGUUCCAUUUAGCGCUGGACCAAGAAACUGUAUCGGCCAGAGAUUUGCUUUACUCGAAGAAAAAACAGUAUUAACAGCUAUUUUAAGAAAAUGGAGAGUGAAAAGUUUAAAAACAACUAUUCAAUACGGCAAUACUCUCAUUUAUCGACCGUGCGAAGAAAUAUUCAUCCAUUUCACAUCAAAAAAAUAAUCAAUCUAUGAUACUACUAUGUACUCUUUUAUGUAUAUCUUGAAAUAUAAUUUGAAUGUUAGUCAUA